GACGAACGUCCAUCUUCAACAUCGCCAGCGAAGCAGCCACACGCCCGUAAUCACAGCUCACCACAUCCUCUCGUCACGCCCAAAAUGUCUGGAAUGGUCAACACCAUCUACAACGCGGUCCUCCGCAGCAACACUACCAUGUUGUUCACCGUCUUUGGCGCUGCCUUUGGCAUGCAACUGGCAUUCGACACAGGCUCAGACAAGAUCUGGGACAACCUCAACCGCGGUCGCCAAUGGAAAGACAUCAAGCAGCGAUACAUGGAGGCCGCCGAGGACGACGAGUAGGAAGUCGACUACCCUACAAUUCGCGCACAAAACCUAUAGACAAUUGUUUGCGGAUCUGGGCACGGACACUGUAUUGUGGAGUAUUCUACAGCAUGCGAAAUACCAAAGCGAGGUGCUGAUCUUGUAUCUGAUUCUUGAAAUUAUGACAUGAUGGCAAAAGCUGUGAUGCGCUGCACUGCACUAUUGAUGCCGCCAGUGCAUAUGACAGUCCAACCAUUACUAACUCAAAUUCACUUUCUGAGACUAGGAGUCAGUUCCAUAGAUGACUUCAGCCUGGGAGUGGACAAAUGCAAGCCUACUUCCAUGAUUCCCAU